GCUUUGUCGAUUGUUGUGAACCUCAUGUCAUUUACUGAGAAUAGAUGAGGGAAUGAUAAAACUGUAUACGAUGAGGUUCUUUUCUGGAUUAAAACAUUUUUGUAGAGGAGUUUCCUCCUAUAUUUCCAGAAAAGACUCUCCAGAUUGUGGACGAUUAUGGUCCAGCCAAUGGAUAAGAUUAUGUUCCAGAACAUCAGACAUUGUAAAAGAAAGCAAUCAAGAUAGUAUGAUGCUAAAGCACCUGAUUUCAAAAAUAAAAUCAACAGGCCCGAUUUCAGUAGCAGAAUAUAUGAGAGAAGUUUUAACCAAUCCUGUCACAGGAUAUUAUCAACACAGGGAUGUUCUAGGACCACAAGGAGACUUCAUUACAUCACCUGAAAUUAGUCAGAUAUUUGGAGAACUACUUGGAGUGUGGUGCGUAAGCGAGUGGAUGGCUGCUGGUAAACCAAAAACAUUUCAACUAGUAGAACUUGGGCCUGGCAGGGGUACUUUAGCAAGUGAUGCUCUAAGGGUUUUCAGCCAACUUCAUUCUGUGCUGAAGGAAUCUGAGAUUUCAGUGCAUUUGGUUGAGGUGAGCCGUAAGCUUAGUGAAGUUCAAGCACAGCUUCUGACUGAAGGAGAGCACCAUUUACUACACGAUCCAAAUGGUACAAUUUAUAAAACAGGUACGACCAAAACAGGAUUUCCAGUCUCCUGGUACAAGGAUCUACAGGAUGUACCUAAAGGUAAGACCACUCAAUAAAUUAAGUAAAAUAAUGAAGAAGAAAAACUUCUAAAAAAAAAAAAACUUG